AUGGUCAAGACGGUGAGCAGCAGUGGCCAACUCGUGGCCGCGUUCGGUGUUGGCGUGGCGGCUGCAAUUGCGGCGCAGUAUGUGUACCAAGUUGCACUAAAGCGGAAGCCAUGUGCGUCGAAAUCGGUCGUUUCGACUGCACGGGGAACGGAUGCUGCUGCACAGGAACUGCUGGAGGAGCAGUUGUCUCGAAUCUCCUCCUUUUUUGGGCCGGAGGGAUUCGCUAGGGUUAAGAACGCGUUUGUGGUGGUCGUGGGGCUCGGUGGUGUGGGUUCUCACGCUGCACACAUGCUGGCGCGCUCGGGUGUCGGUAAGCUGCGGCUCGUUGACUUUGAUAAUGUCACGCUGUCUUCACUGAACCGCCACGCAGUGGCCACGCGCGGUGACGUGGGGCUGUCCAAGGUCACGGCCAUGAAGCGCCACCUGCGUGAGAUUGUACCGGACUGCGAGAUAGAAGACAUGGCCGUCAUGUUUGAGGCGGAAAGCGCUGACGACCUGCUGGAAGGCAAUCCAACGUACGUGCUGGACUGCAUUGACGACGUCAAGACCAAGUGCGCAUUGUUGGAAGCUGUGACUAGAAAGAGACUCAAGGUUAUAACAGCGACUGGAGCUGGUGCCAAGGCCGACCCAACGCGUCUGCAGAUUGGGUCGCUCAAGGAUGCUGUCCGUGACCCGCUUGCUACGAAGAUUCGUUACUUUUUGAAAAAGAAGGGCAUUUCGUCGUCAGAGAUCACGACUAUCUUCUCGAGUGAGAAGAGCGUAUGCAAGCUGCUGCCUUUAGACGCCGAGCAGGCGCAGAAUCCCAAGGAGUUUGGCAACGUCGAAAACUUCAGAAUCCGUGUCAUCCCUGUGCUUGGCACAAUGCCUGCGCUAUUCGGGCAGUCCAUGGCGGCGUAUGUUCUGUGCGACUUGGCUGGCAAAAAGAUCAGUCCGGAGGCGGUGGCACGGCUGUCCCGUGACCAGCGCAACAAGCUGUACCAGAAGUUGCAGCAGCGUGAGCACGUGCUGUUCCACGAAGGUCACAAGAUCGAGCUCGAGAAGGAUGAGAUUGAGUUUGUAUACCAGGAAAUUUGGCGGGGACGCAGCUCCGUGAGUGGGACGCGCAAUGGUGGCCACGACCGCUUGUACUUGGCUCGCUGGCGGACGGACCGACCGCUGCACCCAGACAACGUGGUUUAUUUGACCACAAAGGAGCUCGCCAUUCUGGACAAGAGCGGUAUCGAAGGUUUUGACUCUGAGAUCGUUUCCCGCAUCGAUGCUCGACUGAGCCAGUUCGGAAGCUGGGCCGUUCCUCAGUGA